AUGUUACCGCCGCCGCUGCCACUGCCAGCCAAGGAAGCACCGCCGCCGCCACCGUUGACUGUGAAGCAAGAACCGCCAACUCCAUUAGUGGCGGCGUUGGAGGAGCCAAGUGAAUGUGUUGUACCCGGUGUUUCUUCGGCAGUGGAUUUGGAUGGUAAUUCCGUAUGUGAAUGUUCUCCGUUGAAGGCAAGUGGGCUAACGGCUAUGGGCAGCAACGAAUGCACCGCCGGCGGGAUGAUUUUCUUGUCGCACGAGGGUGGAUCAGAUGGAGAGCAGCAUAAUAUAAGAGAGAGGUCAGGUGCUUCUUUGCCGCACGAUGAGGGCGAUGGUUGUACCUCGAGAAGUGGGGCUGGUGAAACUCCAAAUAGUUCCUUUAUCAUCCGCGAGAAAUUGCUUCGGCUGUUACGGGGCAUUGCUUCUUCUGGAGGUGAAGCUUUGUACGGUGCUACUAACCCAGAUGUUGCAGUAAGCGGUAAUGGGAACGGUAUUCCAUCUUGCUAUGGUGAGGAACACGUUAUUCUGGACGAUCUCUUUAUGCAUUUGCUUUUGGCUCUUGAGAAAGUGGUGCACGAAUUUCUUUGCCGAUCUUUGACAAAAGAGUGGAAAAGUAAACGUUCUAAGGAAGUGUCACCCAGGUCAUCUUCAGAAAAAGAGACAGCGCGGCUUUGGACGAGGGCUUCGCGUCAAGCGCAGCACCGUGAUGAAGAGGCCUGGAUUGAAUGGAGGUCUGCGCUUUGUCGUUCUUGGCGCCGUACCAGGCGUGAGAGUGCUUCGCGGGAGCGAAGCGAAGCUUUAAACAUUGCCCUCUUUCAGUUUGACCCUUUGGGUGGAGCACUGGCGCGGAGUGCUCCGAGUUUAUCCCGCCAUGGCAUCGAGAAGCAGCAGGCUGAAAAGGGGGCGACUAGCCAAAAACUUUACGCGCUUUUGUAUCGUGUUUUUUUCACGUGCCCAGCCCUUCUUCUUGACGGACACACGCAGCGCCUUGCGGCUGCGGCCGGGCUUGAUUUGAACUCCGUGCGGCAGCAAAUAUGUGUGACGGAAGACGUUGGUUGUGAUUAUGAUGGUGAUGGAGUCGCCGGUUUUAUGCGCAAUCUUUCCUGUCGCAAGCAGGCUCGAGUGGACAAAGCUGACCUUACAGCCCUCGAUGAGGUGGAACGUUUGUUUGCCUCUGAUCGCCGUGCGCUGCUGUGCCGGAUCGAAUUGGGACAAUCCCCACCUUUGUUGUCUUCGCCGUUUACGGCGUCUUUCCCAAUGCAGCCCGCUGGGAGUCCUCAUUCACCGCGCAUUCCGUCCUUACAUGCCCGUACUCCAAAAACUCGUUCUUCCGCUGCUUCCGUUCCUCAGUACAUUGAGCCGACUCCCAUACAACUUCGUCCUCCGAGUUUUGCUCCGCUCGACUGUUUUUCACCAACCGCACGCAUUCCAGAUGAGGUGAGAAGGCAGUUUGCGGGGCAACUCGCUUCGCCAUCAAAUUACGAGCAAGCCGUUUGCAUGUCGGAUAACCAACCUGACACUCUUGAAGCACGAAAAGCUAAGCAAAAGGAUGGUUCUGAAGGUAGACGUGCAUUCUGGCCUGCGGACGGGAGGAGGUAUGUUAGCACCUCACUCCCUUCACAGCCGCGUGUUUUGGAUGGGGCACAAUCGGAACGACGGUUGCCAUCUGCUUUAAGGACUCCGAGGUCUGUUUCAAUUUGGUGA